AUGGCGAGAUUAUUUUUCUUUUUUGUUUUUGUGGCACACGUGACCGCGUACAGACACCCGAAGUUCCCCAAGGCUGAAGAAAGCGACGUGAUAACGAAAGUGGUUUGCAAUAGUAUCUUUGAUGAUGCAAGGAACGAGUUCAUUGAAAAGUCUCGAUGUGGAGAGCCGAAGGAAGUGUUCGAAGAACUUAAACUCAACACUUCAUACUUACAAGUUAAUCCUAGCCACGUAUGGGUCAAGCGCUGUGUCGGACUAUGCGACUAUGAAGCCCCCGGGUCACAGUGCAUUGCCACCAAAAUCAGAAGGCAACCUAUCCCGGUUCGAAUAUACAACCUGAAGACGAGUCGGGAGACGUGUUCCACGUACAUGAUAGACGUCCACGAGAGCUGCGGCUGCUGCACCAGCUCUCCGCACGAAUGCAGUCCGCCGAGGGUGUUCAAUCCUCGUAAGUGCGCCUGUCAGUGCCCCAAUCUUGAGGAGAGGCGACGUUGCCUUAAACAGCGGAACCAGCAUAUGAAGUGGAAUCGAUCUAAGUGUAUUUGCGAGAAGAGAAAAAGUGCGUGG